UUCAUUUGCAUCAAGCAACUGCCUGUUACACUUGCUCGCUGUUCCAGAGUGAUUUUUUUACUGAGUGGUUUAUCGCAACAAGGGCUUUUGUUUAACCUCUGCCGAGAUGAAAUUAGACUUUAAGGAUGCCUUUUGGGGGUCAGACUUCAUCAGUAACCUGGGAUACGAGACCAUCAGCCAGAGACUUCAUGAUGGUCGACGGACAUGCAAAGACAUGGAGGAGCUCUUGAAAAUGAGGGCAUCAGCUGAGGAGAAAUAUGGAAAGGAUUUGGUAGCAAUUGCUCGCAAGGCCGGGGGUUUGUAUGAGAUCUGCACUUUAAGAACAUCUUUUGACAUAAUGAAAACACAGAUUGAAAACGUAGGAAACUUGCACGUUCAGCUAUCUGGACUGCUCAAGGACGAGGUGAAGAGAAUGGAACAGUUCAGAGAGCGGCAGAAAGAACAGAGAAAAAAGUUCGAGUCCGUCAUGGAUAAGAUCCAGAAGGCUAAAGUUUCUCUCUACAAGAAAACAAUCGAAUCGAAAAAAUCCUACGAGCAGCGCUGUAAAGAGGCCGACGAGACAGAGCAAAACGCGGAGAAACUGGGUAGCGCGCCAACAGCCACCCCCAAACAGAUCGAGAAGAUGAACAACAAAUCUAAACAGUGCAGAGAGGCUGCGGAAGAGGCUGAGAAGCAGUACAUGUCAAACACUGAACAGCUUGACAAGACUCGCCUAGAAUGGGAAUCGACACAUGUCAUCACAUGUGAGAUGUUCCAGCAACAAGAGGAAGACCGCCUGAGUGUGCUAAGGAAUGCUCUAUGGGUGCACAGUAACCAUUUAUCCAUGCAGUGUGUAAAAGAUGACGAGUGUUACGAGGAAGUGAGGAUGACACUGGAAAAGUGUGACAUCAUUGAGGUCAACAACAGCUUUGUGGAGAUGAAAAUGACUGGUUCGAACCCUCCAGCUCCAGUUGAAUACCAAAGUUACUACGAUGGGAACAAUACCGCUGACAGGAAUGGCAGCGCUGGGUUUGUAGGUGGAGUCAUGAAAAGGUUUUCAAAUCUUCUGCAGGGAAACAUUUCCUCUGGCUCCAGAAUGAGCCUCAAUGAACCGGUUGCACAGUCGAAUGCAGAAACCUCGGCAGGAGUUUAUGCGUCCAUUCCUGAACUAAAGGUAUCCAAUCAGAGCAGUGAGGAGUACAAGGUGGUGUAUGCGUACGAGGCACAGGGGGCAGACGAGCUCUCUGUGUCUGUUGAGGAUGUUGUGAUCGUCACAGAUCAAGGUGAGGAUGGCUGGUGGACGGUGCAAAGAAAUGGUCUUUCAGGAUUGGUUCCAGGUUCUUAUCUCGCCAAAGAAUGAAUUCACCCGACAGCCAUUGGUAGGAGUGCACAACUACGAAACUGCCUUACAGCUGAAUGUGCUUUACAUACUUUUUACUGUUUUAUCAUUAAAGCCCCUGAGUAGGGUAUGAAAUUCCAAAACUCGGGCGCCCCUUAGUGGGGAGCUAUCAGGAAACCUCAGGAAAGAUCUGCUUUCUUUAAAAAAAGUUUUCAAAUUUGUCUCAGCCUCUCUAUCUGGACAGCGACUUAGACUUUAACCCAAUACAAUAUUUAAAGAAAAAGAUUUGCAACACAUUUAUAAAAAAAAAAUCUUCAGAAAUGUAAAUUUAUCACUUGUACUUGUAGCAUUCAAGUGAAAUUUCCAAACAGACAUCAAAAUGUUCUUAUUAUUUCAACAGCACUCGAAUGCAGCAUGUACAGGAGGACAGAACUGUCCAAUUGUCACAACUUUUCUACUAAAACUUCUGCCAUUUGAUGUACUGUACUACGUAUUAUCAAGCUGUCCUACAGAUAGGGGCAUUUACUUCGUUAAACGAGACAGUGUUGAAUGGUUGAAUUAUUUAUUGCCGUGUCAUGUUUUCAUCUUACUUUGCCCUUACUGCUGGUGCGUUGAGUGCUUGUCAUACCGUUGACAGCUGGGAGAUCUGUUGCACAAGUUAGCUGCACUAAUGUAUCGAUGUUUUAGAAGCCUUGUAGCCCUUUAUAUUAAGCAGAAUAAGUUCCUCCCUUUGGAACUCACUCCCUACACACAUUGAACACUGCACCGACCCUCCUACUUUCAAAUCACUUCUCAAAACCCACCUCUUUAAACAAGCUUUUAAUGUAUGAUUGUGAUGUAUUUUCUGUUUUCUGUAGUUUACCUUUAUGUUGUUAUCUAUAUGAUUUGUUUGUAAUACUGCGAUGUCCGUUAGUCUGUCCUUCUGUGCUAUUCUUUAUGUUUUAACCAUUGUAAAGUGUCUUUGAGUUUUUAAAAAAAGCGCUUAUAAAUAAAAUGCAUUAUUAUUAUUAUUAUUAGAAUGUUGGAUGUUUGCUGUUCGCCUAUAUAUCUAUAUAUAUAGAUAUAUGUGUGUGGAUGUGACAAAGUUUGAUUCUGAAUCAUAAAAGUUAUUUGUGAUUGAGAAAUGUGUAUUUAUUCAAUAUAAGGUUUUUUUUCUAUGCACUGUCAAUGUUGUCUGUAGCGCCUGAAUAUUUGUUGUUGAAAACUUUAAAGCACUUUGCUCUA